CCCAGCACCUCAGACACAAAUCAGGUCGCAGAGUGCCUCUAUCACACUACCUAUCCCCUCCUAGACACACACAUGUGAGAGACGACGACCGUGAACACGCUCUACACACCUCACCUCCUACAUAUACUAUCCACCGGUGCCCGUAGACCUGUCUUGGCUCCUCUUUCCCACUUUUGCAACGUCAAAUUGGUCCUUCGGGUACCCGUAGCAUUUUCUUUUUUUUCUAUCGUCAUCCUAAUAUUUCCGUAUUCCCAUAUAUCUGUGUCCUUGAGUAUAGACAAAACAGCGACAGCCGGCGACGGCACGAUUACGACAGCGCAAUUGCAAUUUCCCUUCACCUAUAUCCAAAAUGAAUGCGCAGGCAUUUCCCAUAAGCGGGCGACCGCAUUAUCAGUCGCGAGAGAAUAGAUUUUAUGGUUCCUACUUGGGUUUGAAAGAUCCCGAGCUGCGGCCAAUAUCCGUAACAACAGAGAUUGUAGACACGGAUUGGGAAGAGGACGAACUAUUAAGCGAAAUAGAGGAAGACGACGCAAACUCGCCUCGAGUGAGCUUGAAUUCGACCAGCCAACAAAGCGCAACAACAGUAUCAUCCUACGACGAGGCACAGACGCCUAGGUCGAGCCGGACUCGAGAGGCGUAUCCUUAUGAUUUUGACUCGUCGAGACCGGUCGAGGGACCGAGAGGGCCGCAUCUCUUCCGAUCUUCUGUAAACUCACUCGAAUAUCAGGAGAUUCUUUCUUUGUCGCCGAUAACGCCAAAGGCGGCCAAGCCGUACGAUGCUGAGCCUCGGCAACCCUUCCUUUUAGAUCCACUGCCUCGCUCUCGGGGCAGUCCCUGUCAGUUCACGCAUGAAGAACUAGACCCCAUCAACUUGGCGAUUUGGUCGCCGCAAAAGGUAGCGCAAUGGAUGCUGAAUGCCGGCAUCGAACCUCUCGUCGCCGAGAAAUUCGUUUUAAACGAUAUCAAUGGCGCUAUCUUAAUAACUUUGAAGUUCGAGGACUUAAGAGAACUUGAUAUCCAGUCAUUCGGAGUACGGACCAAGGUAUGGGAAGAAAUCCACAACCUAAGAAACCCUAAGAAGGUAUCACCACGGCCAGAAACACCAAUUGAAGACGAAGAAAGCAGAGAAGUGAGAAGGGAGAGACGGAGGAUGGAGAAGGAAAGAGAAGAACAUAGCGGCCAUCAGGAACGCUCGGAAAGCUGCCAGCGUUCCAGAAGUACUAAACGCAGCCAUAGCAGGCGGCAUCUACAUCAUGAGGACAUUAUCUCUCCUCUUGAGUCGGUUUCCAUUGUCGGCAUUGAGCAAAUGAUCCCAGAACCACAUCACUGCUCCAAAGGUGAACACUGCAAAACGUAUAAGAAGCGACAACGGAUGAUCGAGGCGUUCAAACAAGAACAUCCAUUCGUGGACAUGGACAAAGGCGGGAUCAUCCUAGUAGCCGGAGACCCAGGAAACCCUGAGACGGCCCCGGCGCUUAACCGCCCUUCGUCCACCGAGGCAUUGCGUCCCAUGUCAGAUGCUGUGCCCUCAGUGGUGGCCUCUUCGGACGUCCUGGGUACCGGCAUGGCUCCUUUUCAAUAUCUGCAGGAAGCCGCUCUUCGCAAUUUGCAGACACGAGAUCCCCAGGACAACGUCCGGCAAUUUCUGGAUUUCCAACAUCAAGACAAGGGAGCCAACAUGAACGAGGUCCCACCAACACCUCCAUUUGAGCUGUACUCCGGGCGGGCACCGCAUGAGGGCCUACGGGCGCUACCCAGGCUCUCCAUCCCGGGACAACAGCGGCAGCCCCAGCAGUUGAGACCAUCCAACUUGCAGAAUGAGUUCGUUCCAUAUGCCAUGGAACGGGCCGAAGCCAUAUCUCCGGACUUGACGACACCUACUGCACCGUAUCGUUUCGGUACACCCUUCUCGGACAUGGACAUUCCCGUCACGGCAGUGCCUUUGGGCCCAGUGGCCCGAGAUGCAUCGCAGUCAGUCCCCCCUGACAUGAGCUACCGGGCGGCCCCUCUAUCACGGUCCCGAGCCUCUCACCGUCCGUCCGUCCAGAUCAUGGCACCCCUCAACGAAGACGUAUGCACACCCACCAACCCCAUGCAAAGCUAUGAUAAUGGCAUCACUCCUCCGCGUCGCCGGCCAUCUCUAUCACCCAAGUCAUACUCACCCACCAAGGCCGGGUCCCCACCCAAGAUCCCUUCCCGUCCACAACACCCAAUCCAGGCUCCCCCGCGUGCGCAAUACCCAUGGACCCAACCCCAACAACUGCCUAUGGCAGGUAAUGCCCCCGUCCCCACAACAAAGGACGCCGAGGGUGUCACAUACCAAGGCCCUGUGAAGAAGCGCAAGACGCGCAUGCUGAGACACGAGUGGCACGACCAGUACGCCGUGCUGAAGGGUACACGGCUAGCGCUGCAUAAAGAUGCGGAUGACCGCGACCGCACACUCGAGUACAUCGACAUUGAUGACUACGCAAUCGCGUGCUCGUCGCUAUCGACAACGUCGAAGCUCAACGCUGCCUUCAAGGCCAUGAGCAUUACCCGGGGCCACAAGAAGUCGAGCUCAACCACCUCAGACGACAUCGCAGCCUUCAGCUUCCAGCUAAUCCCACAGGACCCCGAGGGCGGCAAGCGCGGCGUCACGUCGCUGCUGCGCAAGAGGGAGUCGCAGAGCAUCUCGGGCCCCGCCACCGGCGGCCUUGACGGCAGCUUCAAUGCCACGGGCAAGACGCACCAUUUCGCCGUGCGCAGCCGCGACGAGCGCAUCGACUGGAUGCGCGAGCUCAUGCUCGCCAAGGCGCUGAAGCAGAAGGGCGAGGGCUUCGAGGUCAGCGUGAACGGGAACAUGAUAUAGAUGUGGUUUAUUUAUGUUCAUUUUACCCGUAUCGUAUCGCAUGUCCUGUUGCGCGCGCUUGCGUUCUGCCAAGUUAUUCAUACUUAACACUAUACGACUUUUCAUUUCCUCGAGGAAAUUAUGUCGUUGCAUCGGUCAUUUCACCAACUCUCCACUUUACGAACAACGAGCUUUUCUUUUUCUUUGCUUUUCCAGUUCUCGAUUCUCUCUUGCGCCUUGUGUUUUCUAAUAUUCCCCUCCUUAGCUUAGUUGUUUUUUUUUCCUUUUAGCUUUACUUUGAUAUCCCGCUGAUUUUAGCAUGCAAAGAGCACAGCGAGCCACCU